AUGGCGGAGGUGCUGGAAUUCCGGGUGCCCACCGGGAGGGACCGGACUGUGCUGGUCUGGGGGCUGGAGCCUGAGCCGGGGCUGGAGCACUCCCUGUUUUCAGCCUUUUCCCAGUUUGGGCCCCUCUACUCGGUGCGGGUGCGUGGGGACGCGGGGGGGGCCGGGCCCUGCUCUGCCACCAUCAAGUUCUACUCGGCUGGAGAUGCCAGCAGAGCCCAGCGUGCCUGCCACGGGCACAGCCUGUUCCAGAAAUCCCCCCUGAAGGUUUGUGUUUGCACCAAGCAGAAGGGGUUUCAGCAACAAGCUCCUGCUCUCAGCAGCAACAAGUGCCAGGAGUUGGCCAACCACUACCUUGGCUUCAAUGGCUGGUCCAGUCGCAUCAUCACACUGCAGAAUGUGUCUGGCUUUGAGGGCGAGGAUGAGGAAGUGGGAGAGACCUUGCAGAAGCCACCUGUGAAGUACCUGUGUGCUGCAGAGGUGACUCUGCCCCACCACGGGCUCCGCACGCGCGGAGCUGCCCUCGGCCAGGCACCAGUAGAAGACCCUGGAGAUCCUCUCGGGGUGGUGACAGCCUCAAGAAGAGCUCAGAAACUUGCUGUGGGGAAGGCUUUGUCUAGUGCCUUUCAGAAGAUCCUCCUCAUCAUCUUAGAGAAUGGGAAGGUGGCUGUGGAGUACAAUCCCACCCAGGAGGAGCUCACAGACUCCCUGCCAGAAGAGGAACUGAAGGGGCUUCUUCAGGUCAAUGAAUUGUCCUUGGAGCAGUUUGACCUCGAAGAAGAAGAAGAAAUCUUGUCUGACCUCAGUUGGGACGAUGAGCUCCUGAGCCUGGAGAUGCCACCAAAUUAG